AUGCGAGGUCUACUUCAAAGUAUUUUGCUGUCUCUUAUAUUAACGGCAAGUUUAGUAAAUGCUCAACUCCAAACGGGUGAUGUUUCUUUGGCAUCACAAACCUCAUGGUACGUGUGCUCUCCAGAUCCGACAAAUAUAGUGAGCUAUUCUAUAACGACGUACAGUCAAACAGUCACAUCAACGCCGAAUUUUGGCACCACAAAAAGUGGCUUUUCCAGUCCCGACGUUCCACCUUGCACACUAAGUUUUGUUUCGGUUGUUGUGGAUCCUACUAAUUUUGCUAGAAUCUUUAACCUGCAAACAUUUUAUGCUUGGGAUUCACAAUCAUGCAUUACCACGUGCGUAAAUACAUGCAUUAAAACUGGUCCUAUACCAAGCCUACAAACGGUUGCUUGGUGUCUUGUUGUAAGCAAUCCCAAUAACGCUAUAGUUAAUCUCAAAAUCUCUUAUGGCUUCGGUAGUGCUUCUACUAAUACUGGAGCGCCUACUACUAAUGGAACGGUAGCAAACCCUACUAUUACUUCUACUAAUGGGGCGGUAGCAAGCCCUACUGAUACCAAUGGGUCGGGCGCCCUCACUACUACGAUAGCUUUCCCUUCCGGGGUUGAGAAAAAUGGUUGGAAUA